GCAGCAUUAGGGUCUCUUCAGUCUCUCCUGCAAACUGGCUGCUGCUGGGAGGUCACUCCCCAAAAAACCUGCCGAGACCGUGACCUCCAAGCACAAUAUUUGAUCUGGGAUCUAGGGCGGGCACCAGCCUUUGCAAAUCGGGAGACACACUCACAUGCUGCUUGACACACGGGAGAUCCCGGAGAAGAGCAGCGAGGCUUUGGAAAGGAGGCUCUUAGCUUGGUCCCUCCAGCAUCAGCACCAUGCGUUGGGCCACCGUCCUGAUCAUCGCUGGGCUCUGCGGAGCCUCCCUGGGCCAGUACAAUGAAGAAGAAGACAUGGCUUGGUUACAGUACUACAUGCGGCAGUCCCGUAUGUCCUCCUAUAACUACAUGCCCUACUACGAGGAUGAGAACACCCCUUACGUGUACUCUUACCUCCCAGCUCCAGACACGGAGGCAGAGCCCGGCCCUGAACCUCAGCAAGCCCCUUCCUGGCAAUGUCCCCAAGAGUGCGAUUGCCCCCCUAACUUCUCAUCAGCCAUGUACUGUGACACCCGUAACCUGAGGUACCUGCCCUUCGUGCCCUCCCGGAUGAAAUACGUCUACUUCCAGAACAACCAGAUCACCGCCAUCCAAGAGGGGGCUUUCGACAACGCCACGGAGCUGGAAUGGCUCGCGCUGCACAACAACCAGAUCACCAGUGAGAAGAUGGGCAAGAGGGUCUUUGCCAAGCUCAAAAGCCUGGAGAGGUUGUACAUGAACAACAACAACCUAACCAAGAUGCCCAGCCCUUUGCCCCGGUCCCUGAGAGAGCUCCACUUGUCUUACAAUCAGAUCUCCAAGGUUCCCUCUAAUGCUCUGGAGGGUCUGGAGAACCUCACAGCCCUGUACCUCAGCCACAACUACAUUUUUGAGAUGGGAGCAUCUCUCAAAGGGCUCAAGUCCUUGAUCCUUGCUGAUCUGAGCUACAAUCACCUCAGGAAAGUCCCUGAUGGGCUCCCAAUGGCCUUGGAACAGCUCUACCUAGAGUACAACUACAUCAACGCCAUCCCUGAUGACUAUUUCAAGGUCUCUCCCAAGUUGCUCUAUGUACGGAUGUCCCACAACAGCCUGACAAAUCAAGGUCUCUCUACCAACACUUUCAACAGCAGCAGCAUCCUCGAGCUGGACCUCUCUUACAACAGGCUCCAGAAGAUCCCCCGGGUCAGCACCAACCUCGAGAACCUCUACCUUCAAGGGAACCAAAUCAACGAGUUCUCCAUCAGCAGCUUCUGCACCGUGGUGGACGUCAUGAACUACUCCAGGCUCCAGGUCCUGCGGCUCGACGGGAACGAGAUCAAGCGAAACGCGGUGCCCCCCGACGCCCCGCUGUGCCUGCGGCGUGCCACCAUCAUUGAGAUCUAGCCUGGCCCCCUCCCCAUCCUCAGGACUUGGCUCUCCCUUUCCUGGGGAGACACUCACUCCCAUUUUAAUGCAGCUUGACAGUUUCACUUGGCUUCUGCAAUAGUGCAAUAAGGGUACUCCAACACCAGCCCGUGCGGGUGGGCGGGAUCCAUUCAUCCCCAAACGCUCCCUCUUCCCGGCUCUCCGGCCACGCAGGGUGGAACAGGUCCCAGCACAGUUCCCCCUCUGACCCCACCACAGCCACCCCCCCACAGCGCUGCACCCCCAUUCACCUUCUCCCCCGGUUUGGCUGGGAUGCAGCUGGGAUGGGGAAGAGCUCAUCCCACCUCCGAAACACGGCACUGAGCAUCCGACCCCAGCGGGGAGGGCUUCAGGAGUGGGUCCUGCAGAACCAGCAGAUUUAAAGUGACUCACCCUGGGCCGGGUGCCAGCGGUCACUGGGAGGAGCAUCCAGGAGGUUGGGAGCUACACGAGUAAAGGGUUAAAGAUUUCCCGGCUGCCAGCACCCCUCAGCCUAGGAUGGGGUCAUAUCCACUCUCUCCCCUCCAUUUGUCCCCCCUUCCAUCAGCUUCCUGCUCCAGAGAUAAAGGAGAGAAACCUUUCCUGCUGCUGCCGAGCGGCUGUCAGCUGCUG